AUGGCGAAUUCCUCUCGGACCCCGUCCGUAGCCGAUGAAAAGGGCCUGGCGGAAUAUGAAGAAAAUGUGAUGGAUAUCGCGGCUGGAAGAGGUCAUCUCGCCACGGAUGAAUAUGGUCAGGCCCUUGCGGAAUUCGAUAAAGCUGCUGAGUCGAGGUUGCGUUUGAAGAUCGACCUGUUCAUCAUCCCCACGGUGUCAUUGAUGUAUCUGUUUUGUUUUAUAGAUCGGGCAAAUAUAGGAAAUGCCAAGCUAGCUGGCUUCGAGAAGGACCUCGGACUCGAAGGACUUGAUUACAACAUCGUGCUAUCGAUAUUCUUUAUCUCAUAUAUCGUGUUUGAGAUCCCGAGCAAUCUCAUGUGUAAAUGGAUCGGUCCUGGGUGGUGGCUUCCAGGCAUUGAAAUCGGGUUUGGCAUCUGCUCCGUCGCGACAGCAUUUGUCAAUAAUAUUCAUCAGGCGUCUGGGGUUCGCUUUCUUUUGGGUCUGUUUGAGGCAGGAUUGAUGCCUGGAAUCGCCUAUUAUCUUUCGCGAUGGUAUCGACGGAGUGAACUUGCCUUCCGUCUGUCACUGUAUAUUGUCAUGGCUCCACUGGCCGGUGCAUUUGGUGGUCUUCUAGCUUCUGGUAUUCUGAAGCUAGAUAGUUUCGGCUCUCUCUCGAGCUGGCGAAUGAUCUUCGCGAUUGAAGGGAUUAUUACUAUCUGCAUUGGUAUUAUUUCAUUCUUCACCCUAACCGACAGACCGGAGACAGCGCUAUGGCUCUCACAAGAAGAGAAGGAUCUGGCCGUUGUGCGUGUUAAGUCUGAGCGCGUGGCGACAACCGAGCUUCUCGAUAAAUUCGAUACGGCUAAAAUGAUGCGUGGCAUCUUUAGUCCAACCACGAUCAUCACGGCAUUCAUCUAUAUGCUGAACAAUAUCACCGUUCAGGGUCUCGGAAUGUUUGCGCCUACUAUCAUCAAAACUAUCUAUCCUAAUGCCGGGGUGAUAUCCCAACAGCUACAUACGGUUCCUCCGUAUGUUGUCGGGGCAUUCUUUACUUUGUUAUUCCCGUUCCUUAGCUGGCGCUUCGACCACCGACUGAUCUUUUUUGUUUCAUGUGCUCCACUAAUGAUAAUCGGCUAUAUCAUGUUCCUUGCUUCCGAAGACCCUAUGGUACGAUAUGGAGCGACUUUCCUUAUCAGCAGUGGAUCGUUUGCAUUUGGAGCUUUUUGCGCUGCUCAUGUGUCCGCCAACGUUGUUUCGGAUACCGCGCGGUCAUCAGCGAUUAGCGCAAUGGUCAUGUUUGGCAAUAUAGGUGGACUUAUCAGCACCUGGUCAUACCUCCCCUUCGACGGCCCUAACUAUCAUAUCGGGAACGGGCUUAAUUUGGCAACUUCCAGCACCACCCUACUUCUAGGUGCUGGUCUGUGGGUCUACAUGGCCUGGGAUAACAAGCGGCGUGAUCGAGUGGAUGUUAAUGCUGCCUUGGCAGGACUUUCACAGAUGCAGAUUCAGGACCUGGACUGGCGUCAUCCUGGCUUCCGUUGGCGACCUUAG